AAAUAAAAAAAAAAAAUCAUCGGGAAAGCUUUUUAAAAGAAAAAGAAAAACGAUAAUAAACAGAAUUGAAAAGAAUCUUUUGUGGCUGAAAUUUGGCUACCAACUGAAAUCGUUUCGUUUCAUUUCUGAGCUAGCAAUGGAAGCUCUACUGGGAAGUUCGCAUUCUCCUUCAUUCACCAUCACCAGAAGAAACCCCAUUACUUCUUUUAAGUAUGAAUGGUAGUAGAAGAAACCCAAUUAUUUCUUUUAAGGUGCUUUCAUGGAACUCUUUGUACAGCGGAAGUAAUAAAUCUCGAGUAUAUCAUCCUAUAUUGUGUCUGAAAAGAAGUGGCAAUGACAACUCUGGAAGUUGCUCUCCUUCAUGCUACAUUGAGCAAAUGUACAGAAACAGAAUGUUUUCUCAGCCAAUCCGGAGGUGUAAAAAAAUAUUCAUAGAUAAGCAAAGUUUGCUGGUUAUACAAAAUGGCUUAGCUUUUAUACCAAGAAAAUUCAAAUCCAGUCUCCGCAAAACAUUAAAGCAUUCUGAACUUUUUAAGAGUAUAGUACCUGAGAUAUUUGUUCGGUCCUGCAUAGGACUAAUGCUGGUUAUGGCAGUUAAUGCUGCUGUUGUCAAAGCGCCUUCUUUUGCUCUCACUGAAGAAAAUCUACUUUUCUUGGAGGCAUGGAGAACAAUUGACCGUGCAUAUAUUGACAAGACCUUCAAUGGUCAAAGUUGGUUUAGGUACCGAGAAGACGCUCUACGAAAUGAACCAAUGAACACAAGGCAGGAAACAUAUGCAGCAAUAAAAAAGAUGCUCGCCACUCUGAAUGACCCUUUCACCCGUUUUCUGGAGCCUGAAAAGUUUAAAAGUUUGCGGUCGGGAACUCAAAAUGCACUUACUGGAGUAGGGCUGUCAAUUGGCUAUCCAUUGGGGAAAAAUGAAUCGGCCUCUGGACUGGUCGUUAUCUCAGCUUCUCCAGGAGGUCCUGCAAAUAGGGCUGGCAUCUCAUCUGGUGAUAUCAUCCUACAAAUUGACAAUACCAGCACAGAAAACAUGGGUAUAUAUGAUGCAGCAGAACGGUUACAAGGACCUGAAGGAAGUGGUGUGGAACUAACUGUACUUCAUGGAUCCGAGAGAAGGCAGCUACCAUUAAUACGGGAAAAAGUUUCUCUGAAUCCUGUAAAAUCAAGAAUCUGCAAGCUACCCACUGGAGGAGAUGAUGCUCCUCUGAUCGGAUACAUCAAACUAUCAACAUUCAACCAGAACGCUUCUGGUGCUGUAAGAGAGGCGAUUGAAACCUUAAGGAAAAACAAUGUCAAGGCAUUUGUCUUGGACCUUCGGGAUAACAGUGGUGGUCUCUUCCCUGAAGGAGUUGAGAUAGCAAAAAUUUGGUUGGAUAAAGGUGUGAUUGUAUACAUUUGUGAUAGCCGUGGUGUUCGAGAUAUUUAUGACACGGAUGGGAGCAAUGUGGUAGCUGCUUCAGAGCCCCUAGCUGUGCUGGUAAACAAAGGGACUGCAAGUGCAAGUGAGAUUUUAGCCGGUGCUUUGAAAGAUAACAAGCGUGCACAGCUGUUUGGUGAACCAACAUAUGGCAAGGGUAAAAUCCAGUCUGUAUUCCAGCUAUCUGAUGGCUCUGGCGUGGCUGUUACAGUUGCUCGGUAUGAAACUCCUGCUCACAACGAUAUAGACAAGGUUGGUGUCACCCCGGACCAUCCUUUGCCAGCAUCAUUUCCAAAAGACGACGAGAGCUUCUGUAACUGCCUUCAAAAUCCUGCUGCUGCUUGCCACAUAGAUAGAGUCGAGUUGUUCUCAAAAUGACUCAAUCCUGCAAUCUGAAGAAAAUACCUUACUUUUUCAACAUUUUGUUUGUAGAUACCAUUGAUUCUUUAACCAGAUGCAUGCAUCUGAUGUUUGUACAUACAAAGAACCAAGAACAAAGGGACAACUCAAUUCCUAAUACUGUUGAACUCUUUGCUCUAAAAAGGGUCUAUUUUACCCUUGAGCUAUUCGAAAUGGAACAAUUGUGCCGUCUUCCUAAUA